CGUGCGCAGUGCGCGGGCGGGCGGUCGUGGGCGCCGCUCCCGGCAGCUGGGUGCCUGAAGGAGCCGGGACCGCGGUGGCGCGGGUACUCCGGGCGGAGGCCGCGUGUAAUGUUCAAGCCUAGAAAUGCCUUAUGUGGAUCGACAGAAUCGCAUCUGUGGUUUUCUAGACAUUGAAGAAAAUGAGAACAGCGGGAAAUUUCUUCGACGGUAUUUCAUCCUGGAUACCAGAGAAGACAGCUUUGUAUGGUACAUGGAUAAUCCACAGAACCUGCCUUCAGGAUCAUCACGGGUUGGAGCCAUUAAACUUACCUACAUCUCAAAGGUUAGCGAUGCAACUAAGUUACGGCCAAAGGCAGAGUUUUGUUUUGUUAUGAAUGCAGGAAUGAGAAAAUACUUUCUACAAGCUAAUGAUCAGCAGGACUUAGUGGAGUGGGUAAAUGUCUUGAACAAAGCUAUAAAAAUUACAGUACCAAAGCAGUCAGACUCACAACCGGCCUCUGAAAACCUGAGUCGCCAAGGUGACUGUGGCAAGAAGCAAGUGUCUUACAGAACUGAUAUUGUUGGUGGUGUACCCAUCAUCACGCCAACACAGAAAGAAGAAAUAAACGAAUGUGGUGAGAGUGUUGACAGGAACAGUUUGAAACGGUCACAAAGCCAUCUUCCUUACUUUGCUCCUAAGCCGCCUCCAGACAGUGCCGUUAUCAAAGCUGGGUACUGUGUGAAGCAAGGAGCAGUGAUGAAAAACUGGAAGAGAAGAUAUUUUCAAUUGGAUGAAAACACAAUAGGCUACUUCAAAUCUGAACUGGAAAAGGAACCUCUGCGGGUAAUACCACUUAAAGAAGUUCAUAAAGUCCAAGAGUGCAAGCAAAGUGACAUAAUGAUGAGGGACAACCUGUUUGAAAUCGUGACGACAUCUCGGACUUUCUAUGUACAGGCUGAUAGCCCUGAAGAGAUGCACAGUUGGAUUAAAGCAGUCUCUGGCGCCAUCGUAGCACAGCGGGGACCUGGCAGAUCAUCCUCCUCUAUGCGGCAGGCCAGAAGGCUGUCGAAUCCUUGUAUACAGAGGUAUACAUCAAGAGCUGGUGAAUGCAGCACGUAUGUGGGCUCUCAUGCAAAUGUGCCUUCUUAGUAGAAGGCCUGGACUCGCUCCUCCUUACAGCUGAUCAUAGAAGGAGCAUUCCGGCUGUCCUUCAGAAUCCAAAUACACUGUCCUCCGUCCUGCCGGGGCAGCAGCAGCCGCCUCACAUUCCACAGCCUCUCGCAGCCACUCUCUGGUCUCAAGCUAUACCAUGGAGAAGCGAGGAUUUUACGAAUCUCUUGCCAAGGUCAAGCCAGGGAACUUCAAGGUCCAGACUGUCUCUCCAAGAGAGCCAGCUUCCAAAGUGACUGAACAGGCUCUGCUCAGACCUCAGAGUAAAAAUGGCCCUCAGGGAGAAGAUGGUGAGCCAGUGGACUUAGACGACGCCAGCCUGCCAGUCAGCGAUGUGUGAGGUGGGAACACGUGGGCUGCCUGCACCACUCAUCCUCAGUGUCCUUCCAUGAGGCUUCUCGCCAAAGAUGAUAGAGGGUGAAUGAUUUCAGUGCAUAUGUUAUACUGCCUGUGGGUGUACUCUGUAAGCUGGCAAACCAAGAAUCUAGGGAGUGGCCAAGUCAACGUAAUUUCUUUAACAAAGGAAGAAAAACAGCUGUGUCCAUAUUGACAGUCUGAAGCUUUACAUGCUUAGGUGGUAAAAAUGUGUGUGUGAUAUUUUUUUUUCUUAGUGACUUUGAAAUUUUAAAUAACAAUUUAAAAUAUUAAAAUUUCUUAUUAUUUUGGUCAUUUAAACUUGCUAAUGACUCCCUAUGAAAUAUUCAAUAUUUACAUAUUCUUAUCAACUAACAUUAUCAAGUGGGACAUUCCCAGACAAAAAUUCCUAAACUCAUGAUGUCUGUGGUGCUGCAGAAUUUUUAUCACAAUGUGGACUGUUUAGAAAUUCUAACCAUUUAUGAUAUAUUCUGGCUGUGCAGGUGAGUGGAAAAUUUUUCAUAGAAGAUUUGAUUAAGCUGGGCAGUGGUGGGGCACGCCUUUAAUCCCAGCACUUGGGAGGCAGAGGCAGGCGGAUUUCUGAGUUCGAGGCCAGCCUGGUCUACAGAGUGAGUUCCAGGACAGCCAGGACUACACAGAGAAACCCUGUCUCGAAAAACAAAAACCAAAAACAAAAAAAGAUUUGAUUAGACAGUUGGUGCAGGUGGGAGUUGAACAGGGCAAGCAGAAGGAGGAGACUGGAGGUCACCUAUAGCUAAGAUUUCUGUUUUCUUUUGUGGGGAGGGGACUUCUUUAUUUUUAUUUUGGAGACUGGAUUCUCUGCGUAGCCAUGGCUGUCCUGGAACUUGUUCUGUAGACCAGGUUGCUCUUGAACUUGUGGUGAUCCUUCUGCCUCUGUUGCCUCCCAAAUUAUAGGGCUGUGUCAUCAACUUGCAGCCUGAGACACUUGUUUUAAAAACCUUAGUAUUUUAUUUCAGUAAAAAUUAUUUGGUCAUAAAUUUUGGGAAGAUCUGAUUUUUUUUUUUUAAGUCAAAGUUUUGUAAAUAGAUCUUAUUUCUGAAUUUGGAUCAGUGAAAGACCUUAGUUCACAUGCUAAGUCAAAACGGCCCUUAGUCAUGAAUUUGUUAUGGCUUCUCCCUUGUCAUCAGUAGUAACCUAUACUCAAGUGCCUGUGUCUUCUCAUCUCACUUAGAAUUGUACCCCAAAGUCCUACAUGAUUGGCUUUAAAUAUCUGAAUAAAUUAAUUUCAGUAGCGUAAUUUGAUAUGUUAAAUAAGAUACACCAGAAUGUUGGUGUUCAACUACCUGUGCAAUAUUUAUGUCUUGAAAACCAGAUCUGAGUAUGCAUUGAACCGUGGGGAUAUCAUAAAUAGAAGCACCUCUCUGAAGAGAACCCAGUUUCCAGUGUUGAGUAAUAGACUGGUUUGGGCAAGUACUGUUUUGUGGCAACAUCUUAGGUGUUUGCAUCCCCAGGCUGCUGCUCUAUGGUAUUUCCAGUCUCAGACUUGUGUUUUGGAGUCAUGGUGUUAGUGUUUUGCCUUUUUGUGUUCUAAGACUACUUGUUGGAGGAUGAAAGAUUCGCUACAGUGGUUUAGGGUUAAGAUGUUCUAUUUAGUUGCCCAGCACAAGAGCGUACCACUCACCUUUUGUAUUCAUAAGCUAAUAUAUUAGAGUUCUGUGUAGUUUUCUCUUGUGCACCUGCAUUAGAAAACCAUAGGACAACAAGGUUGUUAAGCAGUGACAACCCUUCUGCUGCCGUAUUCAUCACCCAGUCUCUCUUAGAAGUUCCUUUUUCAUGAACAUACCUAGGGACCCUUGUACAGACUCUUGGCAGUAUUGAUGAGCCUGGCGCUGUUUGCUUUGGUACAGCCCCCACAGUGUGCAUUCUUUUUAUCAUAUUUUGGUAUCGGUAAUUUGAUAUAUUUCAUGGUGGUAAAAUAUUAGCUCUAUUUUGGGACUUUUUAUAGAAUUACAUUUAUUCAAAACCAUAGGAAUAUGUUCUUGUGAUUAUCAGGAUCUCCUAAUAUUUAUCUCAAUUCUUUUCUAAGCUUAUGGAAAUUAUUUAAUUAUUUUAAAGCAUAUUUUCUUGUAAAUAUAUUCUAUUUGAAGCGUCAGCAGUUACUUUGAAUACCAUACUAUUUGCUGCAUUUUUUCCUGUGUGUACAAUGUAUCCCCUCUCAGAACAGGAAUGUACCUCCUAAUGUUUACUGUUACACCGCUAUCUUUGUAUGUCCAGUUGGUUGAACACUGUAAUGACUUGAGAAUAAACCGCUCAGAAUACAUUUUCACUCAGUUCCCAUUUUGUUUGGUUCAGUGCUCAUGUGAACAAGUCAGUAGAAUUGGUAAGAAACAUUUUUGAUUAGUUCAUUUACUUACCUUUCAAUAAACAGAUUUCAUUCCAGGACAGACAGGGUUAAACAGAAGAACCCUGUCUUGAAAAAACAAAAAAUAAAAAUAAAAUAAAAUAAAAUAAUUCAAAAUCCUUGAA